AUGGGAAACAGCCCCUCCAAGAAUGAUCCUCUACCGAAUACCUCCAACGCAACACUGACUGGUGCGCUGGCGCUGGCAGCCGGCGACGUCGAGGCUGACGAGCCGAAUCUAUCGGCGCUAUCUCGGCCUACCGGAAACGGUAGCCCCUCUGCUUUUCUGCAACCCCCUCCACUUCACCAAUCAAGCGAGGAACAGAGUUUGUCUCCAAACGUCAAUGAUGCGUCUAUAGCGAUGUUGCUGUCGUCGACGUCUGCUUUGGCUUCGUCCUCGGCGUCUGUGGUUCUGGCCUCUGUAGUUCUGGCCUCUUCGAACCCGGUGUCGAUCCCGGCCCCCCAUCAACCAAAGAACACAGCUGCCAACCGUCUGUCUACCGAUUACACGUUGGAGAUCGAUACGGCUAUGGCGCGGUUGGUGGUCACCGACCGCUCUGCGUCUGUUUCUGGUCCAUCGUCUACCUCUUGCUUGGCAGUACUGUCGCUGUGGAAACUGGCUCUGUCUUUGGACUCUCAACGAAGCGACAAUCUCCUGGUGUCUCCUGUGUUCACCCUGUGUGACAAGGAUGAAAGCCUGGUUCUGUCCAUGUACUCGUUCUCCAAUCUGCCUACGGCACUUCUGAAGGCUUCUGUGAACGUCGUAGGUGCUAGUGCUUCUGAGUCCAGCUUAGAUCCCAUCGUAGAAGUUGUUUCCGAACUGACCCCGGAGCCUUUGCUUGUAAAAACUCGUUCGUCUACUUCGUCCACUUCGUCUGCUUCCACUGCUGCUACUUCCUUGGCACAACCAAAACUGGCCGUUCGCAAAUCGGUCCGUGAUACUGUGCGUGAGUCUGUCCGUAAAUCCACCAUUCCUGCCGGAAAAUCCUCGUCUGCCUCGUCUUCGCCCUUGUCAACCUCUCCUCCUGUUCCUGCUGUCAAAUUGGACUUUGAUAUCGACGGUGUGAUUUCGCGCUUGGUCAAAGCCGGCAAGUCCGGAAUUUCUGGAAAAAAGAAGGAUCGCAAGUCCAAGGAUAAGUUGCCACUCACUCCGCAGGAAAUCAAGUCUAUUUUGGCCCGUGCCCGCGCAAUUUUCAUGGAACAACCGACUCUCCUUCAGUUGGCCCCUCCUGUAAAGAUUGUGGGUGACAUUCAUGGCCAAUACCACGACUUGAUUCGUAUUUUUAACUCUUGCGGAUACCCACCACAAACGAAUUACCUCUUUUUGGGUGAUUAUGUGGACCGUGGCUACAAGUCCUUGGAGUCUAUCUUAUUGUUGUUGUGCUACAAGAUCAAAUACCCUGAGAAUUUUUUCAUGCUCAGAGGUAAUCAUGAGUCUGCCAAUAUCACCAAGAUUUACGGCUUCUACGAUGAGUGCAAGCGUCGUUUACCUGCCAUUACUGGCAGCCACCGUAUGUGGAAAAACUUCAUUGAUGUCUUCAACACCUUACCAAUUGCUGCGACAAUCAAUGACAAGAUCUUUUGUAUCCACGGCGGAUUGUCUCCCGAGCUUACCAGUUUGAAACAAAUCCAACAGAUCCAGCGCCCUACUGAUAUUCCAGACAAGGGAUUGCUUGCGGACUUGUUGUGGUCAGACCCUGAUCCAUCGGUGCGAGUCUUUUCGCCGCACGUAUGGCCGAAGAACGACCGUGGUGUUUCUUACUGUUUUGGCAAGAAGCACGUUGACUAUUUUUUGGAGAAGUUCAACAUGGACUUGAUUGUUAGAGGUCAUAUGGUCGUGGAAGAUGGAUAUCAGUUUUUCAACAAGCGGAAGCUUGUGACUGUGUUCCUGGCUCCCAACUAUUGUGGUGAAUUUAACAACUAUGGUGCCGUUAUGAGUGUUGACCGUAGUUUGUGCUGUUCCUUCGAAUUGAUCAAGCCCUGA